GGUGAUGAGUGGGUCAUAGCUACGCCUGAUGAAGACAUAUAUACGGAAGAACUGGCCCGACACAACCCAGAUGUGCAGUACAUGUGGCACUCCCCAGACGGGCGGUUGGCCAGAGGUGUCUUUGCCAAUCAGGUUUACGGCUUCGCCCCCAUGACGGCUGCGCAAUAUGCUGCCCUUAUGAGGCUUGGUCGUACGGAGCUUGAUGCUGAACUACGGCGUCGUGGAUUGGGAGCCGCAGGAGUUCCCGCUCACGUGGCCGUGCCCGGUGGUGGGGCUGGACCUCCGGCGGUGGCGGCGGCGAGAGUGGGUGGAGCGGCUGUGGCUCCUGCUCCUGCGGCCGCGCCGGUGGCAGUCCCUCCUCAGGUACAAGGAGCGGCUGGCAACAUUGGACCGGGGGCGCAGGACCUGACUGGGCUUGGUUUGGUGUGGGUGGCCGCGGAAGCAACUGCCAACGUGCGGUAUGGAGAGCAAAUACACGGAGUCGCGGCUCCAGCCGUGGCGGGGGGCCGAGUUGUCCACACCAUGCCUGAUGGGAGCGAGCUCUUCUGCUUGCCUGCGAGCUGUGAUGGACGAAUCUUGCCACGUGUCUUCAACGCUUUGGGUCAACCUGAACGGCCUCUGGCGGAGGUCGUAGCCGCCUCGACUGAGGUAGAAAUGGGCUGGAAGCUGACCGGACCACGGACGACCUUGUGGUGUCUUAACUACUUGGCAGUUGAAGGUUUGGGCUUCGAGGCCCAUCAUGAGAGGCUUCGCCAGUUGUGCCGGGUUGAUAGCAACGCGUGGGGCAUUCAGGAGCACUUCCAGAUGUCUAUGGUUCUUCGGCAAUUGGUGCUGGUUGAUCAAGUAGAUGCGUGCAACUGCUACGGGGUUGAGCUCCUCUUCCGACGCCUCCAAACAAUUGAAUACAGCCACUCAGAACGUGCCCGGGAACUGGAAGGAAAGACUGUGGGUGGCAAGUUGUCGCUGGAGGAACAGUAUACCUUCGGUUCCCUUGUGCGGCAGGUAGAAAAAGAUGUUCAAUUGGCGAAAAACAUGAGGAAAGCUCGUGAGGCUAUCCGGGAGGACUUUUGUGGUGCUCGACGCACCAAACGAAGGUUGGAGCGGAGGUUGCAUCAGGACGGCAUGGUGGCCGACUGUGUGCGUGGGCUGAAUGCCUUGUACAGUGGAGGGAAGGUUGGCAGCACGCUCGAGCAUAUUUCGUCUCCUUCUCAGUCACAGUUGGCGGCUUUGAAACAUAUCCGGAAUUCAGUGCAACUUUUGGGGGCUCCCACUGCGGGGCUUGAUGGUCGAGAGGCGCUGCGGCAGCUUCAGGCCUUCGACGGGUACGGGGAGGUGCCACCGGUGCCCCUUGAUGUGCUUUUGGGAGACGAUGGGAUGAGAGUCGUUGAGGUGGAGUUCGUGCGGCGCCUGGUGCGGAGUGGCUUGGUGGAGCUGACCGAGACGGCCCCUUUGGAGAAGAUCGAGAUGUUCUUCGCGAGGAAGAAAGAUGGCCGUUUGAGGAUGGUGAUCGACUGUCGGCGGUCCAAUGAGUGGUUUGUUGUCCCCGACAAGGUGCACCUGGCGACUGCGGAAGUGCUGAGCCGGAUCGACCUUGGUGGGAGCGCGGAGGAACUCCACAUCGCAACAGCGGACUUAAAAGAUGCUUUCUAUCACUUUGAGUUGCCGCCAGCGUUGAGACCAUACUUCGGCAUGCGGACCGUGACGGCUGCAGACAUGGAAGUGAGAACGAUGGGGGGGCGGCCCGUCCGCUCCACACAUCUAUUGCAUCCUCGCUUGAAAGUGUUACCGAUGGGUUGGAGCGAAGAGCUCUACUCCCCGGACGGCGUCAUCUCCAAAGAUGACCAGCAGGGUCGCCGCGCCGACUCAAGCAGUGGUGAAACGAGCUCGCGCCAAAGCGAGAGCAAAGAUGAGAAAGGACUUCGGGACAUUGGCGGAAGCCUCAGUCAGCCCAGCAUGCCGGGACAGGUUCUCGAGGAUUUCUUCGACGAGGGGGAGGACCUCAGCCAGGGCCAGUACUUGAUCGCCGCUGUGCAGUUCUACCAGAUGGAAGCGCCUGGGCCCGCCAAAGUCGAGACUCCCGUUGCCGUGGGAGGUGUGGGAGGCGUCCAGAUGUGGUCGCUCAUCCUGCAUCCUGCAGAGUUCGAAGUGCCCUCCAAAACCGGAGAGUUCGACGAGUCGGUGCUGUUCGAUUUGACCCACAUUCAGUGGAUUGCUCAAGCCAGCUACCGGCUUCAUGAGGUCGGUGAGCGAUCGGCCCCAGCCGCGAUGUCCUAUCAGGAGCUCGUUCUCUUCAAGAAGUACAGAAGCGGGGAAG